CCAAAAUGGCGACCAACGGGACGUAGAGAAUCGUUUUGGGGUUUAACAACACGGAACAUCGUGACAUUUUAACCACCUGUGAGCUAUUUGUUUACCAAAAACUAUUACCGUAACGUCAUUAUUAAUCUCACUAGUAAAUAAAUUGUUUUAUUGAGCAAGUGGGAGAUGAACCGUCGCGGAGCGGCAAAGAAAGACCACAACAACAAACCUGUGAAGAAGGAUGUGAGUGACAGUGAUAAAUACGCCGACCUCUUGGUGUUCGGCUAUGCCUGCAAACUGUUUCGAGACGACGAAAGGGCUCUUUACCACGAUCAUGGAAAACAUCUUAUCCCAUGGAUGGGGGACAAGAGCAUCAUGAUUGAUAGAUACGAUGGGCGUGGUCACUUACAUGACCUUUCAGAGUAUGACAGUGGGUCAUGGAAUACAUCCUACCAGCUGUCAGAGGAGGAAGAAAGGAUUGAGGCACUCUGUGAUGAAGAGAGGUACCUGGCUCUGCACACAGACCUUUUGGAAGAGGAAGCCAGGCAAGAGGAGGAGUACAAACGUCUGAGUGAAGCUCUGGCUGAUGAAGGAACCUACAACGCAGUGGCCUUCAAAUACAGCGCGGACUACUACGACCCCUCUCAGCCCACUGAGGAGGAGGAUGCCAACAAGGAACAUGAAGAGGCAGAGCCAGAGGAGACUGAGGAACCGUUCAUUGCUCCCCCAGGGCUCGCUAUCCCCCCUGAUGUGGAACUUCCGGCAACCAUUAAGACCCACAACAUCAUCGAGAGGACGGCCAACUUUGUAUGUCAGCAGGGGGCUCAGUUUGAGAUUGUUCUGAAAGCGAAGCAGGCUGGAAACUCCCAGUUCGACUUUCUCCGCUUUGACCAUUACUUGAACCCCUAUUACAAACACAUCCUGCGAGCCAUGAAGGAAGGUCGAUACAACCUCGCCUCCGCUGGCAAGCAAGAGCAGUCGCAGGAAUCCCACUCUGAUGAUUCAGAUGAUGAUUGCGACGGGAAUUACCUCCAUCCAAGCCUGUUUGCCCCCAAAAAGUGCUCUCGCCUAGAGGAGCUUGUGAAGCCUCUUAAAGUAAUGGAUCCUGACCAUCCUCUAGCUGCACUUGUAAGGAAAGCCAAACAGGAAAGAAAUGGCACUGCAGUCGUGGAAACCAAACCAGAGGAAGUAACAGAGCCACCCGCACCCACCACACAAGUCCAGUACUCUGCAGACCCUUUGUACUACGGGUACUACAUGCUCCCUGAUGGAACGUUCUGCUUGGCCCCACCUCCCCCAGGCAUAGAAGCCACCUCCUAUUACAGCACUAUGCCCUCAGCUGUGACAACCACUGCUACAUCUUCUGGUGCUUUGCAUAAUGCGGGAACUACAUCCACAUCCACCUCUUCUGUUACCGUCACAGUGGCACCAGCAGCUACAGCCCCCAUUCAGGUCACCAGCUCUGCUGCUCCUGCUGUUGUGACAGAAACCAGCAGUCUGAAAGCUGAACCUCAAGUCUCUGCAGCAGCCACUCCAGCCGCACCAGCCAUCAUCCCCCCGCCACCGGACAUCCAGCCAGUCAUUGACAAACUGGCCGAGUAUGUCGCUAGAAAUGGGCUUAAGUUUGAGGCCAGUGUACGUGCCAAGAACGAUCCGCGGUUUGACUUUCUGCAGUCUUGGCAUCAGUACAACACCUAUUACGAGUUUAAGAAGAAUUACUUUAUGCAUAAGGAAGGAAAAAACCUGCCAGAGAGCGACACAGUUGGAGCUGCUGAUAAGCUUCAGUCAGACCAGUCGAUGAAGGACUCAAAGCUGGCAAAAGUCCCUUUUGCUCCAAUCUGCUUCGCCAUUAAGGCAAAGGAAAAUGACCUGCUGCCACUGGAGAAGAACAGGGUUCGAUUAGAUGAUGAUUCAGAUGAGGACAAGUUGCUGGAGGAAGGAGGACUGGAAGCGAUGAUGGAUGGGGCUGCGAUGGUGGAGAAGGAACCUCUUCCAGUUAUUGCUCCUGAAGAGAAGAAACCUACCCUCAGUUUGGAAGAGCUGGAAGCAAAACAAGCCAAGCAGAAACUUGAGGAUCGUCUUGCUGCUGCAGCCAGGGAGAAGCUGGCCCAGGCAUCUAAAGAGUCCAAAGAGAAACAGCUACAGGCGGAGAGGAAGAGGAAGGCUGCGCUCUUCCUACAAACCCUCCGUGGCCCCUCAUCCGGGGAGCCCGAUGCCAAGAGAGCUGAGCUAGAUUCAUCUGCACAGCUUGAGAUCCAAGAAGCCCUAUCUCUCCUAUGUGACCCUAUACCUCCUCAAGUGUCUUCUGUGCCAGCUGCAUAUCCUCAGGAUCAAAGACUCGCCAUGGAGAGCCAAGGAGCCCAUCGCAGCAGGGAAGCCCCAUCCUCCUCCUCUUCAUCAUCCUACACUACCUCCAGAGGAUCAGCUAGAGACAGAGAAAGAGACCGAGACAGGGACAGAGACAGGGACAGAGACAGAGAAAGAGACAGGGACAGAGAAAGAGACAGGGAAAAAGACCGAGAUAGAGACAGAGACAGAGAGUCAGACAGAAGCAAAGGGAGAGACAGGGAUAAGAAGAAGAAAAAACACAAGAGGAGGUCAAGAUCAAGGUCACGAUCCAAGAGCAGACACUCCCUCCCCAGUGCCUACAGGAGAUCCCACAGGUCUAGAUCCCGCUCUCGCUCCCCGGGGAGAAGGGACAGGAGGGGCCCCUCGUCAGAGAGGAGACGUGAGGAGAGAGAGAGAGACCGCUAUCAUCCCAGCAGUAGCUCCAGCCUUCCCAGGGGGCAUUCGAGAUCCAGGUCCCCUCCAGAUAAAAGGAGGAGCUCCUUGCCUUCCUCUGGUCAAAUGCAAACUGCAGGUUCCCCAUACUCCUCACCAGGCAGAGUUCUGUCCCCUUCAGCUAGUCCCGCCUCUAGCCUGGGACUCUCCAGGGGAGGUUCCCAGGAGAAAGACAAAGCAGUGUCCUCUUCCAUAGUAUCCUCGGUCCAGUCUAAAAUAACUCAGGAUCUGAUGGCCAAAGUGCGAGCUAUGCUCGCGACCUCCAAAACCUUCCAGCCUCCCAGCUCCUAAGAGGCCAUUGUUAUCUUCAAACCACAUCAGCUUUGGCCAGUCAGCAGUCAGCAUUGUCAGACUGUCUUGGACACUUAAUUUGUCUGGAUCUGUUUUAUCACCCAGUCUUAGUCCUUGAGUUUUAUGUCAUCUUUAUUUGGCAUGGCGGAAUUCAUUAGACACUUUAUGGCUUCUGCAGCACUAAAAAAGUCACGUAAGGGCAUUCAUUGAGCUGAAUGUUUCACACCUGACAUAAGAGAACAUUUUCCACUGAAUAAAUCAUGUUUGCAGUUGGCAUGUUUUGGUUCCAGAAGAAUCAGGUGUGAAAACGAUCCCUAUAUGUUUUUUUUCACUUGUCACAUGUUCCGACAGUCAUUUUAUGCAGCAUUACCUGAAGCUGCUGGAGGUCUGAAUUUGCACCUUCUAUGAAGGGUUGUUUUGAUCAUUUCAGUUCUCUUCUUUUAUUUCCUGUUCUGUUCCCACCCUCUAAUUUUCUUCUCUUUUCAACAUGUCAGCUGUCUAUUUGAGAAGCUGUUUUGACUGUCUUCUCUGUCAUUCAGCUCUAUUAUGUGGCCUUCUAUUACUUAUUUUGGUUUGUAAUGUAAUUAAUUAAAUUCAGAUGAACUUUGUUAUCCAAACUGUCAAUAAAGUUUCAUUAAUGA